ACAGACGUGUUGAAGACGGAGACCCAGAAGGAGACGAGAGUGCAGGCGGAUCAGGGGACGGUGGAGGGAGAGUUCAGCUGUGAAUAUACACACGACUCAGUGACAGUCACACACUUGUUCUAUCUCAAAGUAAAGGUGUGUGAGAACUGCUACGAGCUGAGCGGGUUGAUGGCGUCGGGCGUCAUAAUGGGUGAUUUACUGCUUACAGGAGCCGUUAUUCUCAUCGUCUAUAUGUGUGUGCCGAAAAACACUGGCAGCACUCAGCAGAAAGGAUCCAAACCUCGAACAACAAGCGCUCCUCCCGUUCCAAACCCAGACUAUGAGCGGCUGAAUCAGCACACGGUCAGCAGUAGUUUGUACGCCGGCCUGAAACCCUGAUGAAUCAUAGUGUGUCUUACACAGUCCCAGUUGUUCCACAGUGUGUGUUAUUGAUUAUUGAUAUGUCAGAGUCAGACUGUGACUCGCUGAUCAGGGUUUCAUGAUGUUCGUGAGUGUGUGUUUGUGGAAACUUCUGCUCAUUAAACAUCGGAAACUCGUGAUGGAAACAUCAGCAUGUGAAAUACUGUAACUAAACCCGUCUGUCUUUGGAGCUCGCUGUUUUGAAGAGUGUGUCUUGUCUUGUGUUUGUAAUCUUCACAGACGUUUAUAUGUUGUUUUGAUCUGCAAGUGCAACGAUUCAUUCUAGAUUUUUAUCUUAUGCAAAAUUAUUUAAAUCAACAUCUAAACUGAACUAAGCCGAGGGUUGAAUGAUGCAACUGGUGUACUGGAAAAAAUAAAAGUGAAAAAUAAAGUUGAUUUUGUGUAA